GCUUCUGAAUUAGGUAGGUGAGUACGGCUUAGAUUACCAUGAUGCAUGCAUAUAUAUACGUGUUUCUGAUAAUACUACAUCCUUGCUAGCCAGGCUGCUGAUUAUUUUCGACUCUCGUAGGCUGAUUGUCUGACGUUCGUGGGGGAAAAUGAGCAGGCCAGGAGAUUGGAAUUGUAGAUCAUGCAACCAUCUCAACUUUCAAAGGAGGGACUCGUGCCAACGAUGUGGAGAGCCAAGAGCAGCGGAGAGAGGUGACUAUGGAAGCUUUGGUGGCUCAUCAUCAUUUAGGUUCAAUAAUAAUACUACAGGCCCAGAUGUCCGCCCUGGUGAUUGGUAUUGCACCAUUGGGAACUGUGGGACCCAUAACUUUGCUAGCCGAUCAAGCUGCUUCAAGUGCGGUGCCUCCAAGGAUGAAUCUUCUGGUGGGGGAUAUUAUGAUGACAAACUAAGAACGAGAGGUUUUGGGGGGUUUGGCAGUGGCAGCAGUACUGGCAGCUCCAGCCGCUCUGGCUGGAAAUCUGGUGAUUGGAUAUGCUCUAGGAUGGGGUGCAACGAGCACAAUUUCGCGAGCAGGAUGGAGUGUUUCCGAUGCAAUGCGCCGAGGGACUCGAGCGCCGGCAGGUCUCCAUAUUCAUCCUAGACGAUGUCCCUCCCUUUCUGGUCAUGCUGACGUUGUUGGAGGAGAUAUCGCGGAUCAUGGUCGUCCCUAUGUACGAUCGAUAGAGAUAUCGGAAGUUACUCAUUUUGGCCUACGUACCUGAUCUAUUAUUUUUUGUUUUGUGUACUUUUUUCUUUUUUUUUUUCAUAUUUAUGAUCAUCUCCUUGAUCUAGUUACCAGUACUGGGUAGCUAGGUACGUAGCUCUUGAAGAAUCAGGUAGCUAGCUAGGGUUAAUGCAGAGCUACAUGAUGAUCAUUCAGCGUUCUGUCAUCAACUUUAAUUAUUUUCUUAUUUUAAUUAAUUUAGAAUAUUAUAAAAAGUACUAUGUAGUUCUGGUGUACGUACGUACGUUUCAUAUAUUAAUUAAUCCAUGUGUCCGUUCUUGUGUUUCAAA